AGCGGCGUGCGCCGCACCGUGAGUCGCUGGUCCGCGCGCGUCAAACCUAUAUCGUCUCGAUACACGCACACCCGUGACUUGUCUAUAUAUAUAUAUAUAUAUAUAUAUAUAUAUAUAUAUAUAUUUAUUUAUAUAUACAUAUAUACAUAUAUACAUAUAUACAUAUAUACAUACAUAUAUAUAUAUAUCGCGCUAUGUGUCGACAGUGUGUGUUUGUUCUAAAGGAUCCUAAAUGACUGUGAGAACAGUGAGUGACGUACGCGAAGCUAAGAAAUGGAUAAGAUAGAGUUGUUGGGCGGUGCUUGCUUCAGCCAUGGCCCUUAUACGUUCUACAAAGCCGUUAGGAUAGGAAAUGGACGAGUCCUACGACUCGGCAAUUUCUUCCUGACGAAACUUUGGAGCGACGCCGACCUCGUAAGCAUCGGUGAGCUUCAGUUACUUUGGAUGGACAGCCGUGGACCAAAUCAACCGUUGGCAUCGUUACGGCUCUAUUUCCUUCCGGAGAACACCCCGGACGGUCGUAGGGAUACGCACGGAGAGGACGAGGUGUUGACGAUAUCUGAAAAAGUUGUCGUUCGUGUUCACGACUUGGUUACCUGGUUAUCACCUACGUUGGAAUGGUCGUGGGGCCGUGAAAUUUUUUACCCGAGUUCACCAACACCAACAUCCUCUCCUGAGAGUAGUCCACCGAGAUACGAAAUUCCUCAACCCCAGGUUUUGACCGAUCCUGGAAUCGAUUUUUCUGACGUUGACAAACAACAAAAGGAAUAUGAGAGCAAUAUAAGUUCUUCGAAAAAAUCUGAUUGCGACGGUCAAACCAAAGUGGUUGUACUUUCGUAUCCGAGGUAUUGUAGAUAUCGAGCACUUUUACGAAGAUUGGAAGGUGCGGAACCUUCCUGGCUUUGUUCUUCGGUAGCUGCUGCACUCGGUGGAUUCACUGCUACACCUGGAACGCGCGUACUCUUCUGCAGAGAUACCUUCGAUUAUCCUGAUUUGGAGACCCAUGAACUACUUUGUAAUCAUUUAGCGCCAAAAUUAAAAGGACGGCCACGGAGGAAACGUAAAAAGCGAAGUGCUUCACCUGGUGAAUCCAGCAACGAAAGUGAAGCUUCAGUUGCUUCUUCGUCAAAAUGUGCGUCGAGCAAUUCGAGUCAACAAUUGAUACCAGCUCCCGUUGGAAGGCCACCAUCGGCGGGUGUACGUCGAAGCGAACGCAAAACAAGUGCCGAAGAAAAAAAAUUCAUGGUCGAUGUACAGAAUUUCAUGAAUUCAAGGGGCACUCCAGUCGGAAAGAUGCCAUUGUUGGGAUACAGGCAAAUCGAUCUGUUCCUGUUUUAUACGAAGGUACAGACACUCGGUGGAUACGAUUCCGUUAGCGCUGGACGUCUCUGGAAAACCAUUUAUGAUGAUAUCGGUGGUAAUACAGGAUCCACCAGUGCUGCUACUAUAACUCGUAGACAUUACGAAAGGUUGCUUUUACCUUAUGAAAGGUAUCAAAGAGGUGAGGAACCUAAAGUGAGAUUAACACACGGUAGACGUACGAAAACUAGUAGUAUAUCUGAAAGUCCGGUGGAUGGAGAUCAAGAGACCAGCGACUCACGUUCAUCGGAGACACCACCGUUGGUUGAAACACCACCUGUAAACACUACUCCACCUUUGCAACCAGUUUUAUCAAGCUCGUCUUUUCCAUCAAACGAGAAACCGAAAUCAGAAGUCGGAAAAACAUCCUCUUUGCGUAGCGUGAGAGUUAAACCGGAACGUUUGAAAUCAUUGAAUACGAUAAUCGCCAACAACACACCACCAACGAGCCAGCAAACCAAUCAACUGCCAAGUCCUCCUCCAUCAUCGAACACGCCAAUUUCGACUCCAAGUAGUACACCUUCCACAACGCCUACGAUCGUAACCGGGAAUCAAAGUGUUCUUGAACGGCAAUUAAACAGUCCUCUUGUGUCCCAACAAGUACCACCGUCCUGUUCGUCUCCAGGAUUACCAGUGAGCACAGUAGCAAUGAAUGCAUCGACGGUAGUAACGUUGACGCCGCCACCUGAAAAAGACAUGAAAGAGAUUAAAUUAGAUCCUAAGCAAACGACUCUGCUGGCACAGGGUAAGGAGAACAUACCGUUGUUCGGUGAGAAGCCAAUCUUCACAGAGAAGGCGAUAGUAGCGCCAAGAUCACCCGAGGUGAUCGAUCUCGAAAAUGAAAGUGAUACGAGUAGAGAUAAGAUAAUAAUACCAAGCUUUAAAAAACGAAAAUUAGAAAUAUUGCGGGAGGGCGGUCUUGAAGUUACAGCCGUUGAUCUUGAUGCAAGACCGAGCGUGAUUCAGAGCAGCGUAACGCCUACCCCGCCUACGGUAAAAUCCGAGGAUAAGUUAUCGUCGCCUUAUCCACUUUCCGUUACCCCGAAUUCGGUGCCGAAACUUAUAUCCGUUACCGUAACACCGGACAUAGGACAUAUGUUGCCAUCACCUCAGGAGAAUCAGACCAGUCAUCACCAGCAGCCUCGGUUUCAAUCCCAAGGAAAACAACAUCCCGUCCAUUACAAUAACAAUAAUAGUACGACGAACAACAAUAAUACGACAAAUAGUAAAGUUAUUAAUCUUGGUAGUUCGAACAAUGCUGGAUUAUUGCAGUUAUACGCGAAUGCGAACAUGGUACCAGCGUCGGCAACCCAGAUGGUUAAUUCUAAUAAUCGUUUUGUACCACCAAACGUUCCUAACGGGAGAAUAAUAUUACCACCGAAGGUUACGCAGUCGAGGUCAAUUUUCGCGCACAACGAAAAAACUGUAUAUGGAAAUCCAAAAGACAUUCUAAUUUCUCCAAAGUAUCGUCCUAUUACGCAUCAGCGGAUACAGCCACAGCCGAUCGGUAACAGUGACUUCAGUGGAAACGUUGGAGUUCUCGAUCUUACACAAAAGCCAAUCGAAAAGGCAACUUUCUCAAGACCAAGUCUUGAGAUAGUUAGGGUACCUGUAGUGCCGAGGCCUAAUCCGCUAAAUUUAGAAAUGAGGAAAUCGCCGACGAUUAAAGAUAAGUCAACCGACUGUACGACGAAACGAGCCUCCUUUCCCGGUUAUCAAACUGUUCUCGAUAGUCGGACUAUGGCAUCGAAUAAUUUAGAAAUCACAUUAGUCAAUCCUAAACAAAAAAUUAAUAAUCAUAACAGUGUACCGUCAUCUCACGUGCAAAUACCGAGCCCACCUAACAGAACUAGUAAUCAUCCUUCGGUAGCACAAAGAAGACAAAUUAACGGGAAAUAUGCGGGAAGGAACGAACCAGUGUCGCCGUAUACACCAAGGAAACCUACGCAUCCUGUAAUACCCAAUGUACCUAAUCUAAAUCAUUUGAAUAGUGUGAAUUCUUCUUAUCCUAGAAUGACUAACAACGUUCAACCACAAAUAGGUAUAGAUAGAAGGAAAACAAGCGAGGCUGGCAAGGAUCAGCAACGUAGAAUUAGCGAUGGUGAUAAACCUGUAGUGUUGCAAUCACAACAGCAGGACAUAAGACAGACCACAGAGAUUGGACGGCGUCACAGUGUACCAAGUAUACCCUCCGGUUUUAUACCCACUGUGCCACCAAGCAAUCCAGCUUUUCUUUCGCAACUGCCAAACACUCCAGGCAAGUUCCUACCAAUGUUGGACCCCAUGUACUACUCUGCCAUUUACAAUGGCUUGUUUCCACCUCCGAUACCGCCUGCAGCUGCAACGUCCUUUCUACCACCGGAGUUCAACGCUUACUACAAGGAACUAUUAGCUUCCUCGCAACCAAGACUGGGGAUGGCAGGUCAGCAUCAACCUGCUGUACCGACAUCCAAAUAGACAAUGGGAUCUCGUCCAGCAUAUCUGGUCUAAUUAAAAAAAAAUGGGAUGGUGGCUUAAUUUUUAAAGACAUGAUCCGUCGGACUUCCUUGUUGUAAAUAAAUGUUGAAAGUAUUCAUGGAAUAUCGAAAAAGGGAUUUAGUGCGAAGAUAGAAAUGCGGCAUAGUAUAAUAAUUGUGUCAUUUUUACCACCCGUAUGUCACGUUACUUUCAUGAUAACGAAAAGAAUUAGGACUGUUUGAAGCGAUAUGUACCGAUCGAAGAACUUUAAAAAAAAAAAGAUGAACAUCUUUUCGAAUUUUCUAUACCAGCGAAAUGUGUUCUUCCUUUUUUUUUCUCUUCUUCUUUUUUUUCUUUUUCUAUUUUUCUGUUUUUUAGUAAAGUUCUAAAGAUCGUUCCUUCUAUCUUUUUAUUAUUCCACUUUGAUUAAUUUUUUUUUCUGAGAAGAGCAUUGAUUAUAUAUAUAUAUAUAAUAUAUAUAUAUAAAAUAGAGAUUAUUUCGUUUGAACUGCGUACUAAUAUUCUGUGAUAAUAAGAUGAAGAAAAGAGAGAGUGGUACAACGUCCCACGAAAAGCAAAGUACUUUUUAUAUAUGUAUAUUGCUAAUAACCGUAUAUGUAAACGUGUCUACGGUGAAUGUGAAAAAUUAUUAAUAAGAAUAAGUAUUUUUUUAAUUUGUUGAACCCCGAUUAUAUACAAGUCUUUAUGCAAAUU